UUUUAAGGGCGUUGUUCGAAUCUCCGAAUUUUUAUCAUUUUUAUGUAGUUUAAGAUGGAUUUUAGUGUAAAAAAUAGUUUUAUGUUGUACAUAAGUGCCUUUUUUAUACUCUUCGUAUCGGGGAUUCAAGCUCAGUCACACAACUUCGAGGAUCAUCGAAUAGAAAAAGCUAUUUGGUGCACAACGAGUCAAGAAGAAUUUUGGAAAUGUGGCAAUUUGACGAAACAACUUGAACGUGAUCGACAAUUGUUCGAUGAUGACUUUUUGAUGUUUAAUUGUACGCAAACUUUCGAUACGGAUGAAUGUAUUACAGCAAUUGAUCAAGAACGAGCCCAUCUCAUGACUUUAGAUGGAGGACAAGUAUUUGCCGCAGGUCGUUACAACUCGUUAGUUCCCAUUAUGCAAGAAACGCACGAAGGAAAUGUGAAAGCAUAUCACGCAGUAGCUGUUGUGAAAAAGGAUACAUUACAAGAAGUUCGAAGUUUGCGUGAUUUGAGAGGCAAAAAAGCAUGUUUUCCAUAUGUUGGCUCGUUAGCAGGAUGGACAAUCCCAAUUCAUGAGUUACAAAAGCACGGAGGAAUGCAAAUUGUCGAUUGUAACAAUCAAGUUAAGAAUACAAUUGAAUUCUUUGGACCGUCGUGUGCUGUAAACUCAUUAGAGAACAAGAACAAUCCAAUUGGAGACAAUUCUGAUAAAUUAUGUCAAUUGUGUAUCGGAAAAGUUCCUGGCGAACGUUGUACAGGCGCAGAUCCUUAUAUGGGCUUCGAUGGUGCUUUUCGUUGUUUAGUUGAAGCAGGCGAUAUUGCCUUUUUGAGACAUUCUACCGUCGAUGAGAUGCUUGAAAGUAAAUCUUUUAGUUCAUUGUCUGCUGAUACUUUUGAAUUGCUUUGUACGGAUGGUACAAGAGCUCCAUUAUCUGAAUAUCGAAGAUGUAGUUGGGGAAAAGUUACGUCGCAUGCUGUUGUUACUUCAUCUGCUCGAACAUCUGAUGAGCGACGUCAAUAUCAACGAUUCUUGACAAAAUUAGUCGAUUUCUAUGGAAAGAAACGAUCUUCAGGAAAUAAUUCAAGAACUGAUGAGGAAUAUCGCGCAUACGAUAGAAAUAGCGUAAAUCGAUAUGAUGUUCAAAACAGAGAUCGUUUCGGAAAUAAUCAAAAUCAAAACCAAGAUCAAAGAUAUCUCACAGGCAGAAAUUGGGAAGAUCGUACAAGAUAUGAAUUCGAUCAAAACAACGAUAAUCUCCCUCAAAAUGGUACUCGUUUCGAACAUUUUGACCUUUUCGAUUCAAGUCGUUAUGGCAAAAAGGUUGAUUUGAUGUUUUCUGACGCCACACAAUCUCUUACUGUCAUCAAGGAAAACGAUCAAUCGCAUACAACAUAUCUCGGAGAUUCCAUACAUAUCAUUACUGAAAAUCGCCAAUGCCCUGUUGGUAGAAUGACACUUUGUGUAACAUCCGACGCCGAAUACGAAAAAUGUAUCAAAAUGAAAACUGCGUUAAAAGCACAACUCGUAAUGCCUGAAAUGAUUUGUUACAAAGGACAUUCGCAUAUAAAUUGCAUGCAAGCAAUUCAAUCGGGAACAGCAGAUGUUACAGUUUUAGAUGCUUCCGAUGUUUAUACUGCUGGACUUCGUUUCAAUUUGAUUCCUUUCAUCUCGGAAAUUUACAACUUGUUGAAACCCGAAUAUUAUGUCGUUGCUGUGGCAAAAGAAGAAGAUCCCGAUACUGAAUUGACGUAUCUCAAAGGAAAAUAUACAUGUCAUUCGGGCGUUAAUACAGCAGCGGGAUGGGUUUAUCCAAUGGCUUAUUUAGUCUCGAAUGGAUGGGUUAGACCAUAUGGAUGCGAUUCGUUACGAGCUGCUGCUGAAUAUUUCACAAAAUCUUGUUUGCCGGGUGCUUUGAGCAAUGAAUACAAUACGGGGGUUCCGUAUGAUAAUUUGUGUGAUUUGUGUCAUGGAGUUAGUUUCCGUUAUUGUCGUCGUGAUGCUUCGGAAGACUAUUAUGGGCAUUCAGGAGCUUUCAGAUGUCUUGUUGAAGGCGGAGGACAUGUUGCUUUUGUGAAACAUACAACCGUAAGCGAAAAUACAGGCGGAAAACGCAAAGAAUGGUGGGCUCGUGAUGCAUUGCCUGACGAUUAUGAGUUGCUUUGUCCUGAUGGAACACGUGCUGAAGUCAAUGAAUACGAAAGAUGUAAUUUGGGAAAAGUAAAAUCUAAUGCAAUUGUCACACGAGGCGGAGAAUAUUACAACGAAACACAAAUCAAUGCAUAUAUUAAUUUGUUUGUUUAUGCACAACAAUAUUACGGAAGAAAAGAACAUGAUGAUUUUGGUUUUAGCAUGUUCUACUCUCCCGAUCCAUAUCACGAUCUGAUUUUCCAAGAUGCGACACGUAAAUUGCAUGUCAUCGAGAAGAAAGAUCGUUACUUUAGCGAUUAUCUUGGGCAAGAUUUCAUGCGAGCAAAACGUAUCACAGAUUGUCACGCAGGUGCUUACAGCAUUUCCAGUUUUAGUUCAAGCACAAUUCUACUAACAGCGAUUACCGUAUUGACUUCGUACUUGAUACAAAGAAUGAUUUAAAAAAAAGUGCCUCUAAUAUUAGUUUUUUUAUAUGACUUUCAUACCGUCCUGAAGAGAACAAUUCCGAAAAUUUUUUAACGUAGUUUUUAAGACAAUCUUAACUUUUACAUUCCGUCCAGAAUAGAAUCUCAAAUUUAGAAACAAAGAGAAAAUUUAUAUUAGCAUAAGUAUGAAAAAAAAUUUG